AUGGGGGAAAGAGAAAGAAGUCCAGAUAAUGAUCAAGAAAGUAAGACAGGCAAAUACCAUUACUCUUAUUGUUCAUCUGAUUUUGGAUCUACCCCACAGUCUUCUGGCCGGUCAUCACUGGUCAGUUCUUCACCUACGAGUAUUAAGGGAAAAAAUCCUAAAAGACAAAUUUCAGAUAGCCAAGUGCAUCAUCAAGCCCCUAGGAAGCCAAGCCCUAAGGGUCCACCAAACAGAAGGGGAGUCCGAGUGGGAUUUCGCUCCCAGAGCCUCAAUAGGGAGCCACUUCGGAAAGAUACUGAUCUUGUAACAAAACGGGUUCUUUCUGCAAGACUGCUAAAAAUCAAUGAAUUGCAGAAUGAAGUAACUGAACUCCAGGUCAAGUUAGCUGAGCUGCUAAAAGAAAAUAAGGCUUUGAAAAGGCUUCAAUACAGACAGGAGAAAGCCCUGAAUAAGUUUGAAGAUACAGAAAAUGAAAUCUCACAACUUAUUGCUCGUCAUAACAAUGAGAUUACAGCACUCAAAGAACGCUUAAGAAAAUCUCAAGAGAAAGAACGGGCAACUGAGAAAAGGGUAAAAGAUACAGAAGGUGAACUAUUUAGGACAAAAUUUUCCUUACAGAAACUGAAAAAGAUCUCUGAAGCUAGACAUCUACCUGAGCGAGAUGAUUUGGCAAAGAAACUAGUUUCAGCAGAGUUAAAAUUAGAUGACACCGAGAGAAGAAUUAAGGAACUAUCCAAAAACCUUGAGCUGAGUACUAACAGUUUCCAAAGACAGUUGCUUGCUGAAAGGAAAAGGGCAUAUGAGGCUCAUGAUGAAAAUAAAGUCCUUCAAAAGGAGCUACAACAACUGUAUCACAAAUUAAAAGAAAAGGAGAGAGAACUGGAUAUAAAAAACAUAUAUUCUAAUCGGCUACCAAAGUCUUCUCCAAAGAAAGAAAAAGAACUUAGAUCAAGAAAAAAUGCCGCAUGCCAGAGUGAUUUUACAAACCAGUGUACAAAAGGAGUACAAACCAGUGAAGACGUGGAACUGGAAGAAUUUCCUAUAACACCACAAACAGUUAUGUGUUAUGAAAACAGAUGGGAAGAACCUGAACAUCUUACUUUGGACCUGGAAUUGCAAGAGAGAGGUAAACAUGAAGAAGCAGGGAUUCUAAACCCAAUUGUGAAAAGAGAAGAAAAAUUUUUUAAAGAUCAAGGACUCCAUGUUGUAAAUCAGGAGGUUGAGAAGCUGGAAGAUGAAUGGGAAAGAGAAGAACUUGCUAAAAAGCAAAAAGACAAGAUAUCUUUGCUGGAGAGAGAAGAAAAGCCCACAUUGGAAACUGGAAGAUACCAAAUGGAAAUGUACCAAAUUCAAAAUAUUGAUAAAUUGGAAGAAGAGGAAGAAGAAAGGCUAAAGAGAGAAAUGCUACUUGCUAAACUGAAUGAGAUCAACAGAGAACUCCAAGAUUCUCGGGAUAUAAAAUGCCCUCCUCUGCCAUUGCUACCUGAUUCAGAAUCAAAACUGCAUUCCCCAGAGAGAAGCCCCAAAACAUACAUGUUCUCUGAAUCCUCAGAGAGAGUAUCUAAUGGGCAUCAUCUGCAAGACAUCAGCCUUUUCACUCCAAAAGGAGAUGGUCAGAAUCCAGGAAAUACUAGAAGCCCAGCCUUCCCAAAUGAGCUUGCAUUUGGCAGCUAUGUGCCUUCAUUUGCGAAAACAUCAGGGAAGUCAAAUCCAUUUAGCCAAAAGAGUGGCCUUGUGGAUGUCCAAAGAAACAGUAUAGAGAAACAUAGUAAAGACAGUGUAGAUUUAAUUACAAGAAGAGAGAAAAAAGCUAAUCUGAUGGAACAGCUGUUUGGUGCCAGUGGCAGCAACACCAUUUCCUCUAAAAGCAGUGACGCAAAUUCUCGGGCUGCCAGCAAAGGAGACUUUGACCCUCUAAAUUUUCUCCCAGGGGAUAAGAGCAGCGGGGAUAGAGAACAUGAUGAAGAUGAUGACUUUUUCCUCAGCGAAGGAAGAAGUUUUAAUCCAAAUAGACACCGAUUAAAACAUGCAAACAGUAAACCAGCAGUAAAAGCAGUGGAAUCUGUAGAAGAUGAAAUUGAAGAAGUAGCCCUGAGAUGA